AUGGAAGUUGAAUCCUGCCAUUACGAUGCAUACCUGAUCCACGGCAGUUUUGAUAAAUUGGUAGUCGAGAAAGUACUGAAGGCAGUUGAGUCACACAAAAUACGCUGCUGCUAUGCACCUCGUGAUUUCAAGUCUACAGAAUCAACCGAGGCAAACAUCAAUGAAGCGGUGGCAUUGUCCAGAUGCGCUGUGGAUUUCCUGUCUCGGAACUCCAUAAGAGAGAACUGGUGUAAACACGCAAGAGAAUUGGCCGUGGUCAAGUCAAUUGAGGUCGAAGACUUUGUGGUGAUCCCAGCGAUUUUGGACGUGAAAUGGUCGGAUUUGCCUUACGGUUACAAAGCCAGAAAAACCAUCCAAAUGGAUAGCCAAGAUUUUAUCCCCACUCUUGUCAAAGCUAUUAAAGGUCCGACAGCUGAUCCAUGCUAUGGCGAGCUCCGCAGCGAGAACGAAAACGUAAAACAAGAGAAUAAUCUACUCCGCAGUGAGAAUGAAAACUUGAAAGCAGAGCUACAAGAAAUGAGACAACAACUAGAAGAUUCGAAUGCGUUGAUCAGGCAACAGAAGGCAGAUAUGCAGAAAGAAGUGACCUUUAACUAACUGUAAUGUAGAUGAUGCAUCUUGUUAAAGGAAGGAACUUUUUUGUAUUUAUGUGACUUAAUUCUGCGGGGUUGGACGGAAUGAGCUUUGCCUGUAGUUUAAGUCACUAUUAUCUAUAUAGCAUGGCCCAAGGCUGGACCUUUUGACAUCGCUCCUUGCUGAAAAUUGCGGGAGGAAGAAAGCUAGUGUUUUCAAUGCUGCGUUGUAUGCAUCUCCCUAUUAUGACUCUAAUAUUAGACGGGGGUAGGGGGGCAUUGUCUGGGUAAUACGUAAUACGUAUCUACCCUCUACCAGGGCGACUGAUAGAUUUUUUCACAGAUUUUCACAGAUAUGUCUCUAGAUAGAUGGAUGGUCAUUUUGGUUCAAACUCACUUUGUUCAGAAAUUCCAUGUGGAAACAAAAUUAUCUCUGCGCGCGCGCCAAAGGCUUUGUACUUGCUCUGCAUGAGCUGAGCUUCACAA